CAAUUAAUAUCUCGUCGGAUCAUUAUCUUCGCAGUUACAACGAUUAGAAGUUUUUCGAUUGUAACAAUUUCUUGGAAGAAAAAGAGAAAAUUAUAUUUAUGAUAUGCGCACAUUUAUUAUGAUGCUUAACUCCUUGGAGUAAAACUACGAGCCAGACUCGCGAUAAAGAUUUUCUACAUAAGCUGCUAAAUAUGAAUGUUAUUCGUUUCGUUUUUAGUCACCCUGCAGUUGUGAAAAGUGUGUUCGUCAACAGAGCUACGGUGCUCCAAUGACUUUCGCCACUGAUAAUACCUUGUCAACGGUUGACCUAAACGGCAAUCGUCAUUGGAGCACAGUGUUUAUCGUAAAUUCACCUCUUGCUUCGACGAUAAUUGGAUAUGCAAAGCCUGCAGUCAUAGUACACAAAACGUAACAGAAACGUACAGUAACGCACACACAUGUGUCGUCCAUUAUCUUCUCUUGAAAUAAAACAGGCCGUUCAACUUGUCACGUUGAUAGUUGGUAAACGGAGUCGAGACAACAAAUGGUGUCACGUGAAAACGCUGUUGGACGAAUUGGCCGAGGAGAACACGUGUAGGUUUUAUGUGAACGAUGACAAUCUCCAGAUGCACGCGGAGAAUCCUGCGUGGAUACGGUAUUUAAAGGCAACAAUACAAUGUUUCAAGGCCAAACGAGUGCAUGUUCCGGGAUUUGAGAUCGUGAUCGUUUCAACGGUGCCGGUAAAAUGCGGUCUCGGUAGCAGUUCCGCCCUGGUCGUCGCAUUAUACACUUUUCUCGAGGCAAUUACGAAUGCGCAAACAACGAACGUGCUGGAAAAGACGCUGAUGUGUCAAUUGGCGCAGAGGCUGGCCUCGGGAUCACGGCAGAAUCGUACUGCCGAUUCCUUGACUUCCGUAAUCGGAAACGAAGAUACGAUAAUUGCCUUCGAUCCGCGGUAUUUGAACAUCGACAACUACGUCUGGGAGACGAUCAAAGUGGAAAUGAUUGUUAUCGAAUUUCCUAAUAUCAAUCUCCGGCAAUCAUCGAAGUACCACUUAGAUCUAUCGCGGCAGAAAGAAGUCGCGAUCGUCAGGAACACGAAAUCUCAAUGGCGUGCAAACUCGGAAGGCGCUUCGAUGAUGGAACGUCUGUUUUCUCAAGAUACGAUGACCUUGGCCGAGAAUAUGCACAAGGAAGAUAAGAGAAUAUCGGAAAUGAUAAAAGCAAUACAAGCACAACGAUGGAAGAAGUUGGGUAGGAUGCCAAACAGGAGACUUUUGUGGGAAAAUGAUCAAUGCACGCGUGAAUCGUUCGACGUUUUGCCAGACGAUAUCGAGCGUGUCGUAACCGCGUUGCAAUCUGCGGAGGGUGUUAUAGGAGCAACAACAGAAAAUGUAUAUUUUCGAGAACAAACUAUUCAAAAUAAAGUUUUAUUAUACUCCGCUGAUGUUAAAGAUUUACAAAAAAUGAACAACGUAACUGAAACCCUUCACAACAAAAUAUUAAGCAGCAUGUUCGAUUUGUGGUACAAAGGUCGAGAUUCCGAAGCUUCAUCUCACUGA